AGGAGGAGGAAGGAGGGCAAGAAGAAGAGGAGGAGGAGGAGGAGGAGAGGGGGGGAGCAGGGAUGCGGCGCUCAUUCCCCCCCCCGGCUGCAGCGGGGCGGCGGUGAGGGAGCGCGGAGGAGAGGGAGACAAGAUGGCUUCCUCCUGAGGGCCGGCGCCGUGCGGGGCCGGCGGGGGCUGCGGGGGCAGCGCGGGGGCAGCGGCCAGACAGGUUCGGCGGGCGACGCGUUUGAUGGACCCAGCAGAAGCCAAAUGGAAGAAGGGCCAAUUAAUUAUGUGGAAGAAAGGCGGCUGAAGGAGGGCAGCGGGCUCAGCCUGGCCAAUGGGGGCCGGCCGGAGGUGGGGGGUACGGUGCUGAUGGAGCCCAGCGGCUGGUCGCCGGGCCAGCCGCCCGCCACCGGCAAAGCCCACUUGGAAGACGUCCGGAACCUGGUGGCCUUUUCAGCGGUGGCCGAAGCCGUUUCCUCCUACCGGCUCCCGCUGCCGGGGUCGCCGUCGCUGCUGUACGAGAAGUUCGACUCGGAGAUGAGCCGGGGCGGGCUGGGCCCGGCGGAGGGGGUGCCGCGGGGAGAGGACCUGCACGCCCUCAAGGCCGCCCUGGCUUUGGCCAAGCACGGUGUGAAACCCCCCAACUGCAACUGCGACGGCCCCGAGUGCCCCGACUACCUGGAAUGGCUGGAGCAGAAAAUCAAGACGGCUCUCGGAGAAGAGCUGGCGUCACCGCGGCCCCGCUCCGCCGCCGCCGCCGUCCCUCCUCCUCCUCCCCAAGAAGGUGCUAUCGACCCCCAGCCGGUGCCUGAGGCUGCCGAGCCGUGCCCGCCCGACGGCCUCCCCUUUUCCCAGAGCGCGUUGACCAUCGCCAAGGAGAAGAACAUCAGCCUGCAGACCGCCAUCGCCAUCGAAGCCCUGACGCAGCUCUCGGCCGCUCUGCCCCAGCCCGCGGGCGAUGGGCAGCCCCCGCCGCCGCCGCCACCGCCCGUCCCCUUCGGCCCCGGCCCCCUCUGCCCGCCGGGGGCCGCGUGGCAGCGAGGGGACGAGCCCCGGUACCCGCCGGAACCGGGAGCAGCACCUGAGCCAUUUUUCGGCGCGGCACCUCCGCGGGGGAACUUCGCGGCCUCGUGGGGGCUGGAGGCCGAGGGGGCAGCGGGGGCUGGAGACCCCAUGGCAGAGCUGGAGCAGCUGCUGGGUAACGCUGAUAACUACAUCAAGGCGGCUUUCAAGAGACCCGAAGCCACGGCCGGCAAAGUGACAGCCCCCAAAACGGAACCCCCCGAGCGAGCAGCCAGCAAAGAAGCACCGGGCGGCCCCCAUUUGCCAGCGGCACCGCCGGAGCCCGACCUGCACAAGAAGACGCAGCUGGUCCUGCAGCAGCAUCUCCACCACAAGCGCAGCCUCUUCCUCGAGCAAAGCCUGGCGGCGACGGCGGCGGCGGCGGCGGCACCCCCAGACCGGCCCGGCGGCUGGUGGGCUCCCAGCACCCCGUCCGCGCCCCCCAAACCCUUGGAAAAGCAGCCCAAAGAGAAGAAGAAGAAAACGCCGCCCGAAAAGCCCCCGCCGGCCAAACCUCUCCGCAAGCAAGUGCAGAUCAAGAAGGCGAAGCAGAAGGACUCGCAGCCGCUCUUCCCUCCCCUCUGGCAGAUCAGCCUGGAGGGGUUUCGGGCGCCCGCCGAGCCCCCCGCAGAACCCCCCGCCGAAGAGAUGCAAACGGAGCCGCCGCCGCCGCCGGCCUUCCCGCACCAGCCUCUUGCACUACCCCUGCCCUCCUCCGCAUGCCCCCCGCCACCAAACCCCCUGGACGGCGUCCCCCCGGCUUCCGACUCUCAGGAAAGGGGUGCCCCCAGGGGGGGCCCCCAAAUUCACCCGGCGCCGGCGGGCUCGGAGGAAGCUGCACCCCCGCCGGCCACCGCAGCCCCCAUCAUGGUGGAUGACAAGCUGGAAGAGCUGAUCCGACAAUUUGAAGCUGAGUUUGGGGAGAAUUUCAACCUGCCGCCCCCCGAAACGCCUGCGCUGCUCGCUCCUGGGGCUGCUGAGCUGCCGGGGGAGCCAGCAGCAGCCCCUCAAGGGUCGCCCACCGCCGCCCCGGCCCCCAGCAGCGCUCCCCAAGCCGGACCCAAAAGCAUCUCUCCAGGGAAGGGGCUGCUGUCAGAGCCACCCUUCACCGCCCGCUCCCCCAAACAGAUCAAAAUCGAGUCUUCUGGUGCUAUCACCGUGGUGUCCACCACGUGUUUUUACUCUGAGGAAAGCCAAAACCCGGACGCGGACGACGUGGACAGAACACCCACCAAGGACGAGGUGCCGCUGACGCCCACCCUGAGCGGCUUCUUGGAGUCUCCGCUGAAAUACCUGGACACGCCGACCAAAAGCCUCCUGGACACCCCGGCCAAGAGGGCACAGGCAGAGUUCCCCACCUGUGACUGCGUUGAGCAAAUCGUGGAGAAGGACGAGGGGCCGUACUACACCCACCUGGGCUCGGGGCCCACCGUGGCCUCCAUCCGGGAGCUGAUGGAGGAGCGGUACGGCGAGAAGGGCAAGGCCAUCCGCAUCGAGAAGGUCAUCUACACGGGCAAGGAGGGCAAGAGCUCCCGGGGCUGCCCCAUCGCCAAGUGGGUGAUCCGCAGACACAACCAAGAGGAGAAACUGCUGUGCCUGGUGCGGCACCGGGCCGGCCACCACUGCCAGAACGCCGUCAUCAUCAUCCUCAUCCUGGCCUGGGAGGGCAUCCCCCGCACGCUGGGGGACACGCUGUACCAGGAGCUCACCGACACCCUCACCAAGUACGGCAACCCCACCAGCCGCCGCUGCGGCCUCAACGACGACCGCACCUGCGCGUGCCAAGGCAAGGACCCCAACACCUGCGGCGCUUCCUUCUCCUUCGGCUGCUCCUGGAGCAUGUACUUCAACGGCUGCAAAUACGCCCGCAGCAAAACUCCCCGCAAGUUCAGGCUGGUGGGAGACAAUCCCAAAGAGGAGGAGCUGCUUCGGAGAAGCUUUCAGGACUUGGCCACCGAGGUUGCUCCGCUUUACAAGAGGCUGGCGCCGCAAGCCUACCAAAACCAGGUCACCAACGAGGACGUAGCGAUCGACUGCCGGCUGGGCUUGAAGGAGGGGAGGCCAUUCUCGGGGGUGACAGCGUGCAUGGACUUCUGUGCUCACGCUCACAAGGACCAGCAUAACCUCUACAACGGCUGCACCGUGGUAAGCAGGAGCUGGGCAGGGCUUUUCGGGGUGCUCCCCGCUUCAUUUGGGGUGCUCCUGUUUGUGGGGCUUCAUCCCCAGCUGUCCCACCCCUCGUGGCUCCGGGUCUUUGGUGUGGGCACACCUCACAUGAGCUGCUCAGGUCUCACAGGAGCCACUUUUGUCCGACCCAAACCCCGUGGGAGGUUUCCAAAUUCCGGCUGGGACCAGAGCAGGCUGUGGGGAUGCCAGGCUGGUGUGGCUUCACUCCAGUGUGGGGGAGAAAUGGGGAGGAGGUUUGGCUCGUCCAGCACGAGCCACAUCCAUCAGCAUCCCGCUGACAGCACCUGCCCUGGCCAGGUCUGCACGCUGACCAAGGAAGACAAUCGUGUGGUGGGGAAAAUCCCCGAGGAUGAGCAGCUGCACGUCCUCCCCCUCUACAAGAUGUCCAGCACGGAUGAGUUCGGCAGCGAGGAGAACCAAAACGCCAAGGUGGGCAGCGGGGCCAUCCAGGUGCUCACAUCCUUCCCCCGCGAGGUCCGCAAGCUGCCCGAGCCCGCCAAGUCCUGCCGGCAGCGGCAGCUGGAGGCCAGGAGAGCCGCUGCCGAGAGGAAGAAGCUGCAGAAAGAGAAGCUGAUGACGCCGGAGAAGAUCAAGCAGGAAGCGCUCGAGCUCCCCACACUCCAGCCAAAUGCAGGUAUGGCGUUGAAAGGCGGGCUACCCCCGCAGCCGCUGAAACCUUCCAUCAAGGUGGAACCCCAGAGCCAUUACAACGCCUUCAAGUACAACGGCAACGCGGUGGUGGAGAGCUACUCGGUGCUGGGCAGCUGCCGGCCCUCCGACCCGUACAGCAUGAACAGUGUUUACUCUUACCAUUCCUACUAUGCACAGCCCAAUCUGCCUUCCGUGAACGGGUUUCAUUCCAAGUUCGCGCUCCCCUCCUUCGGGUAUUACGGCUUUUCCAGCAACCACGUGUUCCCCUCGCAGUUUCUCAAUUACGGGGCGCCCGAGAGGAGCGGGAGCGGCUGGGUGAGCAACGGCUACGAGAAGAAGCCCGACGUGUCGGCGCUGCAGGAGAACCUCAACCACACCUACGGGAACAGCGGUUUCCCUGAGCCCCUCCCGCACGGCGUGCGGAGCAAAAACCAUCACCAGCGCACCUACGAGCGAGCCAACCGCUACGCCAGCCAGCAGAAAGCAGCGGCGGCAACGGCCGGGGCGCACAGGACUAGCUCGGGCUCGGAGGAGGCGCCGUCCUUUGCACAGAACUGUUUCGGCAGCCGGCCCAUCAAGCAGGAGCCUCCAGACCCCCCGCCCGCCAUCGAGCCCCUUCCUGGCGCCGCGGCGGCGCCCGGCGCCGGCUUAACGCUGCCGGCCGUCCCCGCUCACGGCGCGGCGCCGGAGCAGCGCUGGAGCCCCUUCAAGGCUUCCCCCGAGAGGACUAGCACGGCCGAGGGCUCGUGGAGCGGGCUGGCGGCGGGCUCGGGCGGGCGGGAGAAGCUGAGCGCCUUCGACGCCGCCGUGCGCUUGCCGCCGCCGGAGAAGCAGUGGUCCAACGUCCUGGCGGGAGAGGCGGCGGCGGCGCACGGCUCGGGCUUGCUGCCGAAAGCGUGGAGCCCCUGCAAGCUGGGAGAGACGGCGCUGGCCGGCACGGGCACCCCCAGCCUGCUGGGGUCACUGGGGUUCAGCUCGGCUCUGCCGGGGCUCCCCGGCUUCCCCGAGGAGCCCUGGGGCUCCGUGAAGGUGGAGGAGAGGAGGACGCCGGCACCCAGCCCGGGGCUGCCGGAGAAGCCGUGGGAGGCAGCGGUGGGCGAGAAGGGGGUGGCGGGACCCCGCCGGGAGAAGCCGUGGGACCCCUUUGGCCUGGAGGAGGAUCUGCCUCCAGAGAAGGCGGUGAAGGAGGAAGAGGAAGAGGAGGAGGAAGAGGAGGAGGAAGAGGAAGAGGAGUGGUCGGACAGCGAGCACAACUUCCUGGAUGAGAACAUCGGCGGCGUGGCCGUGGCGCCGGCCCACGGCUCCAUCCUCAUCGAGUGCGCCCGCCGCGAGCUGCACGCCACCACCCCGCUGAAGAAACCCAACCGCUGCCACCCCACCCGCAUCUCCCUCGUCUUCUACCAACACAAGAACUUGAACCAGCCCAACCACGGCCUGGCGCUGUGGGAGGCCAAGAUGAAGCAGCUGGCGGAGCGGGCUCGGGCCCGGCAGGAGGAGGCGGCGCGCCUGGGGCUGCCGCCGGACGCCAAAGCCUUCGCCAAGAAGCGCAAGUGGGGCGGCGCCUUGGCCACCGAGGCGCCCAGCAAGGAGAGGAGGGACUCGGUCCCCACGCGGCAGGCGGUGGCCAUCCCCACCAACUCCGCCAUCACUGUGUCCUCCUACGCCUACACCAAGGUGACGGGCCCCUACAGCCGCUGGAUCUGAGACGGAGGCGACC